GGCCUCAUUGCUCUCCCUGCCAUACAGAAGCAAGAGAGUACAACAGUUAUAAAUAAGAAACUAAGUCAGGACGUGAUGAAAGAGUGAAAGAAGCUGGAGUCUGGUUGUUUUUUUCCCAUAUUUUGUUUGUUUUGAUGAUUAACAAACAAUAUAAGUUAAAAGUAGAUGGAGCAGCAUGUUUCAGUGAAGACACAGCUUCGUUUCAGAAGAUCUUCUGAACACGCUCCUCAGUGACGGGGAAGAGUCAGCAAGUUGAUCACAGCUGUGGUCUCUUAUCUAAAACCAACAUGGAGUCCUUUCAGGUGCCUGAUGAAAACCUUCUUUCCAUCAGACACGACUUCCUGAGAAUGUGUAAACAAGAAAACAAAAAAACGCCAACUAUUUCCUCAUAGUUUUUAUAUUCACCAGCAGUCAGUAACUGAAUAGAUUUAAAGAAUUGAAAAUAUCAGAUGUAAAAUGUCGUUGAUACUCAAAUGAAUACUUUAGUCACAAAUAUGAAUCUGAUGAAAUGCAUUAAACACAAUGUCAUCACAUGAACCUUCUCUCAGCACCGACUCUCAGGGACUCCCAGCUUCUCUGCUGGUCUCCAGCAUUGAUUGUAUGACAUUAAUAAGCAGCAGAUUUUAUUUAAUCUUAUUUUAUUAUAUUUUUCAUCUUAUUUUUUUUUUUUACUAUUGGGAUUUUGAUUAUGUGUUGCCAUCUCCUUGUUGUACCUUUUACUUUGUGAAUUCAUCUGUAAAAUGAAAAGCCUUUGUGUAUCAAAGACAUCAUAUCAUUAACUAUGUGUUUAUUUUCCAUCCCAUAGUCUCUCUCUCUCUCUGCGGGAUAACAACUAUUAUUAUUAUAUGGAUUGUUGCUGCUAUCAUUAAUAAAAUCUCUACCCUCGCAGAGCUGAAACCUGACUAUACACAAGUGGUCCUGGUCUCUCUCUCUCUCUCCUUCUUUGUAACUAGAGUUUGUAAACAAGUUGAAAAGGAACUAUUUAAGGAGAGUGCAUGAGAGUCCACUUGUUGAGAUCAGAGCUCAUCCACUUUGAAUUAUGUUGGCGUUUUGCCUGGACUGGUUUGUGCUCUAUUUUACUUCCAGGGAAUUCCGUCCACUGGUCUGACACGCCCAUACAUGUCAGGACGGGAGGAUUUGAAAACUGAACAUCAGAGAGGAAGAAGGAGGAACGGAGGGAACACGCAAAGACUCAGAUGUUGGUCAAUCUGUCACAGGAUGAGUGUCCAUCUGGGAACUCUGCCCGGCGCCAGCGGCAGCAACACAUCUGUGACGAAUGACACGCUGGAGAUGUGUAUACACAGUGAUGAUCCGUUCAAGUUCAACGCCUACAUCAUCACCUACCUGCUCGUGUUUCCUUUCGCCUUUCUGUGCAACACUGGGGCGCUGUUGAUUUUCCUCGUGCAGGGUCCCCGAGGAGGCUCUUCUGCCUGUGUGGUCAUGAUGAACCUCGCCCUAUCAGACGCCAGCUUCUCCCUCACCCUCCCACUCCGAGCGUUUUAUUACUUGACGAAUGGAGUUUGGAAUUUUCCUGAUUGGCUGUGUCAGUUAUGUGGCUAUAUCUUCUACGUCAACAUAUACACUAGCAUCUUCUUCCUCACUCUACUCAGCCUGCUCCGUUGGCUUGCCGUGACCAAGCCCCUCCGACACAACUCUCAGGUCACACCCACUCGGACCGUGUUGGUCUGUCUGGGAAUCUGGGUGUUUGUGGGGGUGUCCGUUUCUCCCUUCCUGAUCAAAGGGACCAAAGAAAGGUUGGGGUCUUCUCGUUGCUUCGAGCCAUAUGAUGAAUCCAAUUGGAGGCGUCUCCUACAGUUAAACUACGUGUCAUUGGCUGUGGGCUUCCUCUUUCCUCUCCUCACCAUCAUCCUCUGCUACAGCAGCCUCAUACGUCACCUGAUGGCCGGGUCUAGCCUCUCUGGCAUCCAGUCCGGCAACAGCCACCACCACACAAGACAACGCUCUGUGCACCUGGUUUCAAUGGUGAUUGUGACCUUCCUGUUCUGCUUUCUGCCCUAUCAUGUGAUGAGGUCAGUGCACCUGCACGCCGUGUUGGACAAGUGGCCCUGUGAGGUCACAGUGGUGCUGCGGCGAGCAGCGGUGGUGACGCUGUGUCUGGCGGCAUUGAGCAGCGUGGUCAACCCUCUGCUGUAUUACUACUCAGCCAAGAAGUUCAGAAACGACCUGAGGGACGUUUUCCGGAACAGCAGGAGGUCCUUCCAACGCAGAGCUUCAGCUGGGAGAAGGGAACCUGAAACCUGAGGACACCUGCAGGGUCAUCACGCAGCUCUGUAGCUCGGCCAAUCAAAACAGUCCGCCUCAUUGCAAACAGCAUCAAGGAUCAUUUCAUUUUUUUAUUUUUAGAUGACAGAUUUCACCCUCCAGUUCUCCAGACAUCAAUCCCUCAUGGGGCUUCAAGAGUUGUUGAGGAGGAUCCACACGUUGAGGAGGAGGAGGUUUCAGGUGCUGUUGAAGAGAAAGAUUCACAUCUACAGUAGGAACCAAUGGGAUCGUAGCUGAGAGCCAAACGGAACAAGCAAUGUAAUGUUGGUUUUGGCUUGUUUCUCGUGUGUGUGUUUGUGUGUGUAUAUGUGUGCGUGUGUGUGUAUGUGUGUGUGCCUGUAUGUUUACCAGAGAAGCGCUUUUAUUUACAUGUUUGUGUUUUACUGUAAGCUUGAGUCACUUGGAACGGAAAUGCAUUCAUGCGAACACCCCACGGGAUACAGCUUCAAGUUAUCUCACUGCGUGUUUGUGUUGUUUUUUACAGAGUCUCACACAACAAUGAGCCUUGUGUAUUGUUCUUGUGAACAGGUUAGUUUUGUUUCCUGGUUAAGAUCCAGUAUGUAUAUCCGGUGACACAGGAAAUCAUUGAUCUCAGCAGCCUUAUCCAAACAGAGUCUGCAGAUCCAUUACAGUUGUAAUAAUCCCUCUGACCUGUAGAGGGUGUUACUCCAGCAUGUUGGUGAUAAUACAUUGUUGAUACUGAAAUUUAAAUAGUAAAGAUAAAUGAGAAAAUGAUCAAAACACUCUCCAUUAUGGUUGCAAACAAUAAAUAAUGAUGGAGUUCAGAUUAAACCAUUUAAAUAGUUGUUAAAACUGCAUUAUGAGCCAAUUCAACGUAUUAAAUUAUCAAUUCUAAAUCCAGUAUGUUCCUUUGUAUCAAAGCUUAAAACGUACGUUUAUCUUAACUAGUUCCUUUUGUUGACCGAAUUCUAGUUUUUAUUAUUGUAAUGUAAGGUCAUGCUGAAAUGUUUGUAUUUGUACUUGUAUGUCUUUUAUUUGUGAAGCUAUUUUAAUUUGUUUUGAUAAGUUCCAUAUAAAUGAAAAAAAUAUGUAUUAUAUAUAAUGACCAGUAUGUUAUUAUGUUAUAUGUUAUGUCUGUUAUAUUUCAGUCCCUUAAACCCCCCUCACACUCAUAUUACAUGACAUCACGAGAGGAAAUCCGGGUCAAUCCCGUGUUUUAAGUUUUCUUUUUUUUCUAUUUGUUUUAGUUUUAUAUUUAAAACACAUGAAAUACAACAUUUAUGAAAUGUUUGCAACAAGGAUGUUUUCAAUGUUCAUGAUGAAGGAACUUGGUCUGGACCUGCUUUACAGGCUCAGCAGCAAAUGACGAGGACGAGUUUACACCCGGGGCUCCUCCCACUCUUGUGAAUAACAAAGGUGACUAACUGGAUGUGGUGUAAGUGUUGCCCUUUAUUGUUUCCCCUGGUUGCUGUUUCAAAGUGUCUGCAAAGAGGUACUGUGGACAUUG